AUGGCAAUUAACUGUCUGACCGUUUAUCUUCCAUUCUACUUCCAAGCAACAAAGGGUGUAUCACCGGCCACUUCGGGUCUGUAUAUUCUUGCUUUGGGCAUACCGAAUUCCUUGGCGACGGUGGCUUGUGGUCUCCUGAUGACCACCACGAGAUACUACAUCCCCUACAUAUUAGCUGGAUCUGCAGUGCUUGCGGUCGGCUCAGGUCUCUUAUCGACUCUCGAUGCCAGCAGCAAUGUGGGGCAUAUCGUAGGCUAUCAAUUCAUAGCAAGCAUCGGCUUCGGCUUCAGCGUACAGGUUCCAUUGACAGCGAUGCAAAACGUCUUGAACGAAGCCGACCUCCCCACCGGCAACUCUCUGUUCAUGUUCGCCCAGUCACUGGGAACUGUGAUUGCACUACCAAUUGCCCAGUCUAUUUUCUUGGAAACACUACAUAACAAGCUUGACGCGCGUUUAUCCGAUGCUCAGGCAUCCCAGAUCAUAGACCUCGGGGCAUCGAGUGUCGAUGCUGGCCACAUGGACGCCGAUCUGGUGCCAUUAGUUGCUGAAGCCUACGGCUAUGCAGUUCAGACUGCAAUAUACGUCUCAGUGGCAGCGGCUACCUUAGCUUUCGUGACGGCAGGAGCUAUGGAGUGGAAGAAGCUGGAUUUCAAGAAGAGCACUGAUGGGGAUACAGAGGCUGGGACUUCGGCGAGAAUCGAAGCAAGCUCAACAGAUAUUCAAGGAUCUGAGAAAGCAUGA